AGUCGGGCGGGCGGCAGCAGCGGCUGCAGCGGCUGCAGCCCCCAGCGGAGGUGGAGACGGCGCGAGGCGGCGCGGCUGCUGCCGGCGCGGGGCGGGGCGGCCGGGCCAGGGCAGGGCAUGCACCAGCAGCCGCCGCCGCCCCCCGCAGCCCCCUGCCCGCGCCCGCCCCGCAGCUGCCCCCCGGAGUCCCCGGGCCAUGGCCCGCCGCCGGGCUAUUGGCACUGCCCGCCCCCGCCGCGGCCCCGGCCCGCGGCCCCGGGGGGGAGCCCGCCGGGACCCGGGGCUGCGGCCAGGACACGGCCGCCCCUGCAGCCCCCUCCGCCGCCCCCAGCGCCCCUUGGAAACUUCUCCCGCUCCCCCUCCUCCUCCUCCUGCUGCUCCGCCCGCGGCCCCUGGAGCCCGAGCCCAGCCCCACUCCAGCAGGUUGGCCCCGACAGCAGGAGGCCGAGCCAUGCCAUCUCAAGAUCCGCAAGCAGCGAGCCCAACCCCUUUGUCCCGAGAGCCAUGAACAGCUACAGGUACAACGGGGGUGUGGGACAACCCCCAGGCGGUCUUGGCUUCUCGGUCCAUGAGCCCGAGGGCCAGCCCUUGCAGGCCCUGGGUGGUGAGGGCCCGGGUCGAAGCUCAAGUCUGGAAGUGGUCGUGUCUAAAGGGGAGCAGGUGCGGGUGUCUCCGGCCAGCCUGCACGACCGAGUGGAAGAGGAGGACGAGGAGGAAGAAGAGGGAAUCCGUACUCCCCAGAGGACCCCCAGGAAGUCCCAGAAUGUCAGCUACCGGUUAGGGCGCCGUCGGGUCCUCUUUGAAAAGCGGAAACGGCUCAGCGACUACGCCCUUAUCUUUGGCAUGUUUGGCAUAGUGGUUAUGGUGACUGAGACAGAACUGUCCUGGGGCGUCUACACCAAGGAGUCUUCAUAUUCAUUUACACUAAAAUGCCUUAUCAGCCUCUCCACUGUCAUCCUGCUGGGUCUCAUCAUCAUGUACCACGCCCGGGAGAUCCAGCUGUUCAUGGUGGACAAUGGGGCUGACGACUGGCGCAUCGCCAUGACCUAUGAGCGGAUCUUCUUCAUCGCGCUGGAGCUGGCGGUGUGCGCGGUGCAUCCCGUGCCCGGCCAGUACCUGUUCACCUGGACGGCCCGCCUGGCCUUCACCUACACCACGUCAGUGGCGGAUGCCGACGUGGACGUCAUCCUCUCCAUCCCCAUGUUCCUGCGCCUCUACCUCAUCGGCCGAGUCAUGCUGCUCCACAGCAAGCUCUUCACGGACGCCUCGUCCAGAAGCAUCGGGGCCCUCAACAAGAUCCAUUUCGACACCCGCUUUGUCAUGAAGACCCUCAUGACCAUCUGCCCCGGCACGGUUCUGCUCGUCUUCAGCAUCUCUUCCUGGAUCAUCGCUGCCUGGACCGUACGAGUCUGCGAGAGGUACCACGAUAAACAGGAGGUCACCAGCAGCUUCCUGGGGGCCAUGUGGCUGAUAUCCAUCACGUUCCUGUCCAUCGGCUACGGGGAUAUGGUGCCCCACACGUACUGUGGGAAGGGCGUGUGUCUCCUCACGGGCAUCAUGGGCGCUGGCUGCACAGCCCUGGUGGUGGCUGUCGUGGCUCGGAAACUGGAGCUCACCAAGGCAGAGAAGCACGUUCACAACUUCAUGAUGGACACUCAGCUCACCAAGCGGGUCAAAAAUGCUGCCGCCAACGUACUCAGGGAAACGUGGCUCAUUUACAAACACACCAAGCUGGUGAGGAAGCCCGACUACUCCAGAGUUCGGAAACACCAGCGUAAGUUCCUUCAGGCCAUCCAUCAGCUGAGGAGUGUGAGGAUGGAGCAGAGGAAGUUGAGUGACCAGGCUAACACAAUGGUGGACUUGGCUAAGACCCAGAACAUCAUGUACGACAUGGUGGCUGAGCUCCAGGGGCGCAGUGAGGACCUGGAAAAGCGGAUCACAGCCCUGGAGACCAAGCUGGAUACACUGGGGGCCACCCUCCAGGCUCUGCCCAGCCUCAUCACCCAAGCCAUACGCCAGGUGCCGACCGUGGCUGGGGACGUGGGCCCUGGGGAUCCCCCCCGCCGGCGCCUGGCCUCCCUGGCCCCGGACAGUGGGUGACCCUGGGGUGGCUGGGGCAGGGGAACUUAACUCGGACCUUCGAUGUUUAGCCAUUGUGUGGCUGAUCUCAUUUGCUUUUUCUGUAAAGCCCUGUACAGUUA